CUGGGAAUUAUUUCGGGGCACAAAUUACGAAAUGCGAAAGCUUCCUGUGCAUUUCCUCCACGACGGAGUCGUAUGGAGGGCUGGAGUUGUCUUGUCGGGCGGAGCCGGGAGAGGCGAAAAUGGCCGACGCUGCGAUCCGAGCCGUCGUUGAAGCGAUUCACUCAUCGCCGACUCAGGCCGUCGUUUAUCUCGCCGGCGGCGCCUCUCUGGCAUUAGGUUGGUUGAUGUCGGUUCCGGGAGCUUCAAACACUCUUCUCGAAACCGUGGUUCCUUAUUCAAGAAUAUCUAUGGUCCAAUUGCUGGGAAGGGUUCCGAGCCAACACUGCAGCCGUGGGAUUGCGGAGGAGAUGGCUUUGUUAGCCUAUAAUCGGGCGCUUAAACUCUCAAAACCAGGUUAUCCAGUUCUUGGUGUGGGCUUUACGGGAACUUUGGCGACAACUCAUCCAAAACGUGGGGAUCACAGGUUUUUUCUGUCAACGAGAACAUCUGACCGGCUUUGUACAUCUUCAAUUACCCUAUCAAAGGUGAUUAACCUGCGAAGCAGAGAGGAAGAGGAUAAGGUGUCUAGCUGUUUCCUUAUCCAGGCAAUAGCAAAGGCAUGCAAAGUUCCUGGAGCACUCGACUCUGGCUUGACUGAAUCUGACGUGCCUGAUGAGUCUGAAAUCGAGUUCACUGAAGAACAAGAAUUAGAGCAGCUCAUAAAUGGGCAAAUUUGCUUCAAGGUUUAUCCAUUUUCUGGUGAAGCGUAUGGGUCGCAUGAAGAUAGGAAGAUAAUACUGCCUGGUUCAUUUAACCCAUUACAUGAGGGUCAUCUCAAGCUACUGGAAGUGGCAACAAGUAUAUGUGGGAGCGGCUAUCCAUGUUUUGAAAUAUCAGCAGUAAAUGCAGACAAACCACCACUAUCAAUAGAACAAAUUAAAGAUCGCGUCAAGCAAUUUGAAACCGUUGGAGAGACAGUGAUAAUUUCCAAUCAGCCGUAUUUCUACAAGAAGGCUGAAAUUUUCCCAGGAAGCGCUUUUGUUAUUGGUGCCGACACUGCCUCAAGGCUUGUAAAUCCGAAGUACUACUAUGGAAGCCAUGAAAGGAUGGUGGAGGUACUUGGUAGCUGCAAGCAAGCAGGUUGCACUUUCCUUGUGGGUGGUCGCAAUGUAGAUGGCGCUUUCAAGGUUCUUGAAGAUAUUGAUAUGCCAGAGGAGAUAAGGGACAUGUUUAUCUCGAUCCCAGCAGAGAUGUUUCGGAUGGAUAUAUCCUCCACCGAGUUAAGAAAUAGACAACGGCCCUUGACCUAACAAUGUACUUAUGCAAUCCGCCCCCAGACGAAUUUGGGAUCAAGGCGCUCUGUAUUGUUUGUUGGUGUAUUCUUGUUUCUCGUUUGCAGUCUUUCCUUCAGCGAUUUCGCUGCUAUGUUCCCCCACUCCGGUGCCUUUCCCCGACAACUCUUUCCUUGAGAAUUCACAGUGUCCCUUUGUCGGAUUGUUUUCACGAAACAAAAACCUUUUUCCGUAGAGCUGAA